AUGGAGGGAACAGAGACAUACUUUGAGGAUCUUGUAGAGAAAUACAAUCAUUUCAUGAUUGACUGUGAUGGAGUUCUUCUCUCAGGCACAAAGGCUAUUGAAGGAUCCGUGGAGGCAGUCAACCGCCUCAUUGAACAAAAGAAAUCAUGAUAUUUUAUCACAAAUUCAAGCGGAAGGACUAGCAAAGGGCUCCGAGAGAAGCUCGAUAAGUUUGGAAUCUCCCUUCCUGAAACUGGAGAGGCAACUUACUGAUGCUUCAGCUCAAGCUAUACCACUUCUUUGUAUAUCAAGCAAGAAUAUCCCGAAAUUAAGAAGGUCUUUGUACUUGGAGAGAAAGGUCUCUGAGACCAACUUGAAGAGGAGGGUAUCCAAACUGUUGGAUUAGACAUCACUGAAAUCAGCAUUGAGCCUGAAGAAUAUGAAAAUUAUGAACUUGACGAAGAUAUACAAGCAGUUGUGGUGGGGUAUGAUCAAAAUAUUAACUACAGAAAGCUCAGCAUUGCUAGUCUGUAUCUUCAAAACGGGAGAAAGUUCAUCGCGUGCAACCCAGAUAUGUUUGACAGCAUUCAUGGAAGACCUAUCCCAACUACGGGUGUUACUAUAGAAGCUUUAACAUAUAUAACCGGGCUGAAGCCUUAUAUCUGAGGAAAGCCUAAUCCUCACAUUGUGAAUAUUAUCGAUAAGGAAUUUGGACUUCCCGAAGAGGAAAAGGCAAAGACAGUUAUGAUCGGAGAUAGACUUACCACUGAUAUUUAUCUAGCUCAUAAUGCUGGAGUAGAUUCCUGUCUUGUCCUCACAGGAUGCAAUACAGCAGAGGAUGUUCAUAACAAAGAGGAGAAUCCUGAUAAAAUUAUUCCCACACAUGUGAUGCCAAGAUUAGGUCAUUUUAGAGAAUCUGCUUAA